GCGUACUCGAAAAUGUGUCUUUCCGUGACUAAGAAUCCUCAACAACUAUCAAAACUCAGUUCCUAAGAAACAGAGACCCGUUUUCAAAUUGGCGGUACUUCGUCUGCAGUCAUCGCGGUUUUAGCGUCGUCCCUACUUCUUAUUUUGACUGCUACGAUGUUUACUUAUAUUCGUUGCUCCUGAGUACAAUCGCCGGCUUAAUAAAGGUUUCACUGAGAAUCAAGAAAUUUUUGAGCUAAGUUCAAAUCGAUCUACUGACGGACGAGGAUUAAAAUAUUUUGAUAAUACUACUCCAAACUCACAUGGAGAAUGUUUGGCAAGCAAAGUAAGUAAGUCUUACCCAACGUUUGUUGUAUUGUAGACGCUGCCGAUACUCCCUGGUCAAAGUCAGAGGAAUCUCCAAAAUGUUCUCAUUGUCUAAACACUUAUUUCACAAUGUCUUCUUCUCGACACAUUUCUUAUGUCGCUCGUGAAAUAUUUCCCGCCUGCCUCUUGGCAGGUGUUGGAAUGGUAGUUGCAGGAUGUUAUGUUGAUAUGCUGAAGUCCACUGGUACGUUAACUUUGAAAGGGGAAAGUAUUUUCGAAAUCAUACCACCCAUUCUUGGGCUCAAAGGGAAUUUGGAAGUUGCUCUUUCCUCUCGAUUGGCUACAGUGGUUCAUUUGCGAAGAAAGUUUAACGAACUUUCAUUCUGGUUAUUCACAACCACACUGGCUUUUAUACUUGUUCUUGCUGUUUUUGCAAGCACGAUAAUACCUUUAGUUAUAGUAACUUUGCAUAAAUCGUCAAGUUCAUCUGACUCCUCUGUCGAUCUUGUUCAUCUUACCUGCAUCUCAUCAAUGACUUGCAUUUGUGCCACAUGUUUUAUAAGCACUGCCGUCUACGUAAUAGUAUGUGCCUGUGUCUUUUGCGGAGCAAAUCCUGAUAAUGUUGCUCCACCUGUAGCGGCUGCUUUGGGAGAUCUUGUAACUGUUCUAAUUCUGGCACAUGUUAACUAUUACUUUAUAACACAUCCAACUUUGACAUUCACCGUUGCUGUGUGCAUGAUUUUUGCCGUUUCUAUUUUGAGUAUAUCUUAUUUAUUGUAUCAGUCAAAUAUCAACGUGUCUGGUGAUCUGCGUAGUCUUAUUAUUACACCUAAUACUUUUAAAGAAACCAUCAUUCCUUUAACUCUUGCAGUUAUCAUGAGUAGCAUUUGUGGAAACAUAUCUGCCCGAUUUCUGAUUGAUUGGCCCAUUAUUGCUCGCCUUCAAGUCCCAAUAAAUGGUGUAGGGGGGAUUUUUGCUUCAAUGCUAAUUAGUAGAAUGACAACACGUCUAUAUUCUAUAACUUGUUCGAAAAAACUUCCUAUGAAGAAAUUGUUCUUCGUUUCUUCAACAACUACUCUAGUCAAAGUUGAAAAAGUCAACCCUGACGAUUCUGAUAAAAAAUUAACAUCAACUAAUAAUUCACAUUCCCACACAUCAUCUCAAUCACUGGAAACAUUAAAAUCUUGUAGAAAACUACGUGAAAUUCAUACUGAUGUUUCACAGGUAUCCAAACUCAUCAGAUUCCUGUGUGUCCCGUUACAUUUUAUCUUAAGUAUAGUCAGUGUAACUGUCAAUUAUUAUUUGAAAGGGGAUGAUGCUUCAAAGAUUACAACAUCACCUCUACAGUUUGACAUUUUAAUUCCUUAUCUCUUUGCUGGGUUCAUACAGAUAUGUAUACUUCUUAAAUUUGCAAAAUUUAUUGUCCUUCAACUUUGGAAAUAUUUACAUUUUACAAAACAAUUGAAUUCUCAUGAUAACGUAGUCUCGUUAGCAUCACUUGAUUUCUCCUCUAUUGCUGUAACUACUGGUGCAGGUGAUUUGCUUGGAACAAGUUUACUUGUUCUAUGUUUAUCCAUGAAUAAAUGGAUUGUAUACAAUUUAUUUUUAUAAAUUCUAUACACAUGGUUGUAUAAUACAUAUUUUCUUUUUAAUGUAUAUUGAAAUAUUGUUUUAACAUGAUUGUUAUAUACAAUUACUGGAACAAUUAAACUUUCCUAUUUAAUGUUCUAUUAAAAUUUCUACACUAUAACAAUAUAACUCCUUAUAAUUUUUCUACAUAUUUAAUGAACAUUCUAAAAGUUCAAAGCGAAUAUCAUCACUGAAUGGUUUAUGCCUUUUGUGUGUGGAAUUAUAUAUUUUCUUCUGAAUCAUGAAAAAGUUUCAGUUGAAAUGAUCUUUUUCUUUUGAUUAUUAUUUGUCCAAAUGUUCAAUUCUAAUGUUUCUGUCAGAAUGAUCAUCAUCAUUUCUACUAAAAUUUUCUAAUUGUAUGUAUAAACUACUUUUUCACCGUUUAAUCAUUGAACAACAAUCUAACCGAUCAAGAAAGAACUCAUUCAAUAACUCUGUUACGAUCAAUAUUUUGUGAAUAUUUCAUUGUAUGUGUACAGCAGUUCAUAUUAAGAAUAUUGAAUAAUUUUUUUUUAGUUAUUUUAUUUGUAAGAACUUGUUGUUUUUUGAUUGGACAAAAAUAUAUUUCAUCUGUUGAUUUACUUUUCAAGUGUAAACAUGUUUUACAUGUAUAUGCGAUCAGUUAGUGAUCUGUUAAUUAUUUACUAAAAUUCAAUAUUUAAAAGAGAGAGGUAGAGAGAAAAAAAUUAUGAGGUUUUACAAUGUGAAUUGAGUAAAUAAUAAUAUUGUCUACUGUAAUCAGUUUUUCCUGUUAAUAAAAUCGAAUUCUGUUUAUUCUAGUAAAGUAAAAAAAAACAGCUUUUUUUGUCAUUGGAAUACGCCUCAAUUUUCAAUUUAUUGAUAUAAGUGUAUAUGUUUAAUAAAUCAAAUGGUUUCAACCUUUUAUUUCGUGCGUGAAUCACUCUCACUCAUCAUGCACAUUGUAAAUUCGCUAAUGUUUCAGGUUUUGAUUUUUGUUUAACUAGACAACUGAAUUUUAAAAUCAAUAGAAUUAUAAUGUUGACGAAAAAAAUAUUGUAUUUCCGAAACUGAACCAAUCGAUUCCGACAAUGCACCAAAAUAGAAAAAAUCACCUACCCACUUACGUAGUUUAUUGAAUACUUAUGCACUAAUGAUCAACAGAAAGAAAACUUUAGUAAUAUACAGCUUUAAAAGCUUAAUACAAUUUGUAAUUCUUUUUUUAGUACCUGAAGAGGUCGAAAAUCCUACCGGUCAGAUCUUUUUUUGAUCCUACUAACUUCAAUUCAAAUUAAAUGUGUCAGCUUUCUCAUUCAGUGGCUACCAUUAGGAGAUUGUAAUGUUUGAAAUAAAAAACACUUUUCCGUUAGAAAAUCUAAUAGGAUACAUUUAUUCUAUGUCCUAUUUUAGUAAAAACUCGAAAAAUUGUUGAGUUGACUAGUUUUAUAGGCGUUCUAUAUGAAAAGCAUUAUGCA